CGCCUCCUCGCCCACCUCCGCGUAGCCUGGCUGAACCCAGUGAAGCGAGUGAGGCGCGAUGGACGGCCGAGUGCAGCUGAUCAAGGCCCUCCUGGCCCUGCCCAUUCGGCCCCAGACGCGUCGGUGGAGAAACCCGAUCCCCUUCCCCGAGACGUUUGACGGCGACACCGACCGGCUCCCGGAGUUUAUCGUGCAGACGGGUGCCUACAUGCUAGUGGACGAGACCCUGUUCACCAACGAUGCCCUGAAGGUGACGUUCCUCAUCACCCGGCUGACCGGGCCCGCCCUGCAGUGGGUGAUCCCCUACAUCAGGAAGCAGAGCCCCCUCCUCAACGAUUACCGGGGCUUCCUGGCCGAGAUGAAGCGGGUCUUUGGAUGGGUGGAGGACGAGGACUUCUAGGCCGGGAGCCUCUCGGGCCUGGGGGCGGGUGCCCGGGGGCGGGUGCCCGGGGGCGGGUGCCCGGGGGAGGGUCCGCCGCGCCAGUCGCCGCCGCCCAGAUCGCCACAGGCGGCGUCCUCCCGCCGUGCCUCCCCCCUCCCUCGCCUUCGGGUCGCCGUGAUCUCCCCCGCGCUCGUGUCCCCUCCCGCGUAGUGCUUGCCUUUGUUCCAGGAAUAACGCUCCAGGUUCCCGCUGCUGCCGCCGCCGGGCCUGGCUCUGGAGCGGCCGCUGCCCUCUCGGGCCAGCCCGGCCCCUCCCCUGCAGACUUGGGCUCGGUCGUGCGCUCCAGCUGCAAGCCGGGCUCCUGUUACACACCGGACAGACCACCCUCAGCCCGGCCGCUGCCAACCGCCCGCCCUCUGCCAGACUCCCAGGCCCGCACACAGGUGCCCAGAGAUCUGCGCUGCCGCCGCCACCGCCACCGUCAUCCACCGCAUCCCACCGACAGCCUGCAGCCUUCAGCGGUCUGGACUCGCCCGGGAGGUGUCUGAGCUGAGCACAGCCUCUGGACAAUGCUUCCAACAGCUCGCCACCGCCCUGGAGGGGCUGGCCAGCCUUUCACCUUCGGCGGGACCCAGUCCCUCCCUCCUCCCAGAGACAUCUUCUGCUCCUGCCAGGUGGCCGCCAGGUCCCAGGGGUGCCUGGCAGCCAAAUCGAGUCACUCAUUGUCUCCUGUGGACCUGUUCGUUUCGCCCAGAAUCCAGUUCUCUUCUGAAUGUGCAGCUGUCUCUCUGAUGUGUGCCUUUUGUUCCACACAGUAACCCCUGCACUCUGCCCAGCUCUUCUACACUACCUGGACAAACGUCUUUUCCUUGUUUUCAAUAAAUGUCAGGCGCUGUUCAAAAAGAAA